CGGCUCCUCGGCACUAGUCCGGCUAUUGUUGUGUGUCUUUCAGGGCAACCCUGACCCAUCAGCAGGCGGUGAUUUCUGGAUAUUUUAACAGUUUUUCUUGGCUCUUACUCGCUCAUUUAAAGAAACCUUCAUCAGCCGACGGCGUGUCUUCGUUGUGAAGGAAUAUAAAGGAUCCCAGCGGAGGACUUUGGGCUGGGAAAGUAGUUAAUCGGUAUGGGACAGAGCGAAGACUGAGAUUCCACGUUAGAGACUCCUGCUCCUGUUGGCCGCUUCCACUUCUUUACAUUGUCGACGUGAAAUAAAAACGUGGAGGGGAACAAAAAGACCACAGGACGCAUGUAGGCGAAGUACAACAGUGCAAAGGUCGCUUUAAAGGCUUGACGAUGGGUUGCGUCAGGAGUAAAGAGGACAAGGGCCCGGCGUUGAAGUACCGACCAGACAACUCAAAUGCCACGCCGAUCAAUGCCCACCUGGGCCACUACGGGCCCGACCCCACCCUGAUGGGUCAUUCACCAGCUAUGAAGACACACAACAACAGCUACAACAGCCACGCCGCCCCCCUCACGCCCUUCGGCGGGGCGUCUUCAGUCAUGACGCCGUUCGGCGGAGCUUCCACCUCCUUCACCUCCGUGGCUGUGAGCAGUCCCUUCCCAGGGGUCAUCACAGGUGGCGUCACGUUUUUCGUAGCGUUGUACGACUAUGAAGCGAGGACGUCGGAUGAUCUUUCAUUCAAAAAAGGGGAUCGCUUCCAGAUUAUCAACAACACGGAAGGCGACUGGUGGGAGGCUCGCUCCAUCAACACCGGACAGAAAGGUUACAUCCCCAGUAACUACGUGGCUCCAGCCGACUCCAUCCAGGCUGAAGAAUGGUACUUUGGUAAAAUGGGCCGCAAAGACGCUGAGCGUCUCUUAUUGCUUCCAGGGAACCAGCGGGGCACUUUCUUGGCACGAGAGAGCGAGACGACCAAAGGUGCCUACUCUCUGUCUAUUCGUGACUGGGACGAGGUGAAGGGAGACAACGUCAAACACUACAAGAUCAGAAAGCUGGACAACGGUGGUUAUUACAUCACCACUCGGGCCCAGUUUGAGGCACUACAGAAGCUGGUGAAACACUACACAGAACAUGCGGAUGGUCUGUGCUACAGGCUGACAACUGUGUGCCCCACAGUGAAGCCUCAGACUCAGGGACUAGCUAAGGAUGCUUGGGAAAUCCCACGAGAGUCACUGCGACUGGAGGUCAAACUAGGCCAGGGCUGCUUCGGAGAAGUCUGGAUGGGCACAUGGAACGGUACUACUAAGGUGGCUAUCAAGACCCUGAAGCCAGGCACCAUGUCCCCAGAGGCCUUCCUGCAGGAAGCCCAGAUCAUGAAGAAACUCCGACACGAUAAACUGGUGCCUCUCUACGCCGUGGUGUCUGAGGAGCCCAUCUACAUUGUAACCGAAUUUAUGGGCAAAGGUAGUUUACUGGAUUUCCUGAAGGAGGGAGACGGCAAAUAUCUGAAGCUGCCCCAGCUGGUGGACAUGGCUGCACAGAUUGCAGACGGCAUGGCCUUCAUUGAGAGGAUGAACUACAUCCACAGGGACCUGAGAGCUGCCAACAUCCUGGUGGCUGAUAACUUGGUGUGUAAGAUCGCUGACUUUGGCCUGGCUCGGCUCAUCGAGGACAACGAGUACACCGCCAGACAAGGUGCUAAAUUCCCCAUUAAGUGGACGGCCCCUGAAGCUGCUCUGUACGGCCGCUUCACCAUCAAAUCGGACGUCUGGUCGUUUGGUAUACUACUGACUGAGCUGGUGACGAAGGGCAGAGUACCGUACCCAGGUAUGGUGAACCGAGAGGUACUCGAGCAGGUGGAGCGAGGUUACCGCAUGCCCUGCCCCCAGGGGUGCCCCGAGUCCCUGCACGAGAUGAUGAGGCAGUGCUGGAAGAAAGACCCAGACGAGAGGCCGACCUUCGAAUACAUCCAGUCCUUUUUGGAAGACUACUUCACAGCCACAGAGCCACAGUACCAGCCAGGGGACAACCUCUAGUCUGGGGGAUUUGGUGGAGGAACUCUGGUGUCAUCCAGAGGAACAUCAGUGGAGAGAAACGCCAGGGACAGCUGAGAACUUCAACAUGGGGAGAAGCCUUAACGAGGCUGCAGAGAAAGAGUUUUUAAUGCUACAAACUAGUCCACAACCACACUGGUACAUGCAAGUGCAAGAUGUUUUCUGGAUGGAGGGUUGUCCCCUGUGUGCCCGGGGACCAAAUGUUUGAUUGGUGCUGGUACGUUAAGCUCUGGGAACCCUGCUAAUCAGAAUAAAACACAUGGACUGGCCACAACACUGUGAUCAAAAAGAGACAGAUUAUCCUCUAGUUUCAAAAUCAAAGGCUACUUUCACAUGCACCCUUUUUUUUUUUUUUUUUUUUUUUACUUUUUUUAAAUGAUAUAUUUCCCCUCUCUCCUCCAGUUUCCCCCUCUUUUUAUCUUGUUUUACAACACAGUUCUUUGAUAUUGGAGAUCUUUUGUAUGUACAUGAGCUGGGUUUGAACAUGUAGGUUGAUAGGUUCGAGGGUUUGAGGCAACAAACAACUGGUUGAACUGUCAAGUGCGUCUGUGAAGCUUUUGAUGUAGAAGGUUGUGAGGUGAAGUAAAGAAAAAGGUUGUACUUUACGGGUGAAAGAAUGUACCGAGAGAUCAAAGCAGAUGUACAUACGGUAUGUGCAAAAAUAUGUAUUUUUAGCAUGUGUGAUCAGGUGGAUGAAUGAGACAUGAGAAGACCGUGUUAAAGAGAUUAUACUUAACACGGUCACUUGAAUGGCAAAUCACGUCGAUUUGAUUAUACUUUUUCAUUUUUUUUAUUUAAACGGGGACUUGAAAUCAUAAAGAUGUAUUUUGAUAAUAUACAAGUGCAAAAACAUUUUUCCUGUUUAACAUUUUACAAAUGUUUUGAAAUCAGCUGUGAAAUUUAAGUAAGUUUAAGUUCAUUUCUGUCUAAAAUUAGCUUUUGUUUGAUGCACAUUUCUGAUUGCUGUAAAAGACUCUUAACACUUUUCUCCUGAUGUUGCACUCAUCCACACAGUUUAACACAGCAGUAGGUUUGUUAUCCCAUGACCGAUGGUCCAAGAAUCUGUUAGAUCUAUUAAAUUCACAGUCGUGUAAAUCAUA